AUGAUGCCCACACUCUACCAGCAUGCCACAAUAAUCACGGUGAACAAAAAGCGCGAAGUCAUCCUUGACGGAGCAAUUCUUGUUUAUGGCACUCGGAUAGCUUUGGUAGACAAAUACUCAGCCGUCACUUCGCAUACGGAAUUUCCAAGAGACAAGGAGGUUCGAAUCAUUGACUUACGUGGCAAGAUCAUCAUACCCGGCCUAAUAAAUACUCACUGCCACACCAUCCAAUCUCUCCUCCGAGGUUUGGCCGAGGACUUAUGGCUGCAUCCAUGGAUGUGCGAUGCCAUCUGGCCUUUAGAGGCGGCUUACGACACCGAGGAUGGGUAUCAUGCUGCGCGAUUAACGAUUGCUGAAUUGCUCAAAGGGGGUACGACUUCAUUUCUCGAGGCGAUGCUUACGCACACCGCCGGCUUCGACAAUGUCGCACGAGCUGUGGGCGAAUCUGGCAUCAGGGCUUGCCUGGGCAAAUUGGUCAAGCCUCAGGGAACAGCAACCGAUACACAAAUAUCCGACAUCCGUGACAAGGAUCUCGAGCAGAUGUCUAUUGGGGCCGCCCUCACAGCUCACAAAACUCAUCACGGCUCCUUCUCCGAUCGACUUCAUGUCUGGAUGGCGGCUAGUACACCCCGAGGAUCACCUCUUUCCGAGCACCAGGCCAUCGGCAUCGCCUGUCACGAACAUGGCAUUAAUUUAACUAUGCACUGCGCAGAGGCGUCACGGGACCGGGAGAUUUACCGUGAGUGCUACGAGGGCAGGACACCAGUCCAGUUCUGCGAGGAUGCACAGCUGGCUGGCCCGGGCUUCAAGACGGUCCUUGCGCACAUGGUGCACCUGGACAAUGCAACUGACCUGCCCCUUAUCGCGCGGAACCAGGGCAUGAGCGUGGCACACAACCCUACGAGUAAUUGCAAGCUGGCUUCGGGCGUCGCUGCGGUUCCGGACAUGUUAGCUGCGGGCGUGAACGUCAGCCUGGGAACAGACGGCGCGCCGUGCAACAACACGUAUGAUAUGUUCCGUGAGAUGCACCUGGCAAGCACGCUGCAGGCAGGCACGAGGAUGAAGGCUGAUGUGCUACCUGCUACGACGGUGCUGGAGAUGGCGACCAUUAAUGGAGCGAAGGCACUGGGUCUAGACGAGGACGUGGGCAGUUUGGAGAAGGGUAAAAAGGCGGACUUUGUGGUAGUGGGUGUUCCCCUUAGUGCGACACCAUUUGAAGAGGCACAGAUCGUCGAGGGUGGCAUUGACCCGGUGACCGUGGUAGUACAUAGUUGUACGGCGGCGGAUGUCGAGACCGUGGUAGUGGACGGGAAUUUAGUUGUCGGGAACGGGCAGUUAGUACACAUGGACGAGGACGAGAUCGUACACAACGCAAGGACAGCUAUCAGGGGGAUAAGAGAGAGGUCAGGCGUGAAAGCUCGGCCAACGGCAGGCUGGGUAAUCAGAUAA